AUGGCAGCUGAAUCUGCACGACCACUUCGCUGGGAAGAGUCCGCGACGCCCUGCCACUCCACUCAAUCCGACAGAUUACCACAAGAAGUCGUCACAUGCCUCGAAAAUGCUCGAUUCCUCCACCUCGCAACCUGCACCUCCAACAUACCCCACGUCUCCCUCAUGAAAUUCACCUACCUCCCCUCGCACCCCUUCCCCUCCACCUCGACCCUCCCACCAGGCCCCGCGAUCGUCAUGACCUCGAACCCCUCCUCGAAAAAGACCUCCAACCUCCUCAGCAACCCUAACGUCUCCCUCCUCGUCCACGACUGGGUCUCCUCCCGCCCGCCGAACACCCUCUCCGGCGCCGACCGCGAACGCAGCCCCACCGGCGGGCCCCGCAGCUCCCUCGCCCAAAUGCUCAUGCAAAUGAACAGUACCGCCGUCUCUUCCAUCUCCGCGACGAUCAACGGGUCCGCGCAUGUGCUCGCUUCUGGGACACCGGAAGAGAAAUGGUGCAAAGAGCAACAUCUCGCCAAUAACACUUUCGACGAAGAUCAGGAGAAUUUGAGUCUGAGCAGGACCGUGAGCAGGAAUGUGCCGGAGGCGGAGGAGGAUGGGGGACGAGAGAGUUAUAUCGAUGAUGAGGGGGUGAGAGUUGUGAUCGUGAGGAUACGGGAUGGGAGGAUUAGUGAUUGGAAGGGUGGGGUUAAGGAUUGGGUUAUCACGGGGAGUGAGGGGAGUGAGGGCGAUGCAAGGGUUAAUGGGGUUGUAUGA